AAUAUAAUAGAAGAAAAAUAUAAACCAAAUAGCUCGUGGCUGGGAAUUGGGAUAGUUUGCAUAAAAAUUACUCUGUGCUGGGAUAAAGUUUCAGUGUUGUCGCCGGAGCAAUCUAGGUUUCCGACGCUGCAAUUUUGCCGGAAAAGAAGCUUGAGAAGACUCAAUACACGCAAUCAUGACUGAUUAUUUGCAGGAGCAGGAGAUGGAAAUCGAAGCUUUAGAAGCAAUACUUAUGGAUGAGUUCAAAGAGAUUCAUCCCAGUGAAAGUGGGCUGAACACAUCUAGUCGUUGUUUCCAAAUUACGAUAUCUCCAGAGGAAGAUGAUUUUGACAAUUCAAUGACUACUCCAGUUCAGUUGGGUUUGAUUUUCUCACACACGGAGAAAUAUCCUGAUGAUCCACCACUUUUGAAUGUGAUUAGUUUGAAAGGCAUUCACACAGGAGAUCUAAAAAUUUUGAAAGACAGGCUCGAACAAGAGGCUUUAGAGAAUCUUGGUAUGGCUAUGGUCUACACACUUUUUUCAACAGCCAAGGAGUGGCUUGCUGAGAGGUUUGCACAAGAUGACAAUGAUGGAAUCGCUGAAGCAGAAGAAAAAAAAGAUGAAAUUAUUGUGCCACAUGGAGAACCAGUUACUGUUGAUACGUUCUUGGCGUGGAGAGAGAGAUUUGAAGCAGAACUAGCCUUGGAAAGAGCCAAAUUAAUGCCUGAGAUAGCACUAACAACAACCAAGGAAAAGAAGCUGACUGGUAGACAGUGGUUUGAAAGUGGAAGAGCUUCUAUGAAAGGUGCAGCAGCAAUUACUGAAGAUUCCGAGGAAGAUGAUGAUGACGACAUCGACUUUGAUGAUGAAGACUUUGAAGAUGAUGAAGAAGAUAUGCUCGAGCACUACCUGGCUGAAAAAUCAGACUCAUCCGCCCAUUCUUCAAAAAGAGCUAAUUAGAAUAUUUGUGUGGAACAGCAAACAACAGAAUUUUGAACACGAACUGAGUUCAUCCAUUACAAAUUUGGGACAGCAAAUAUUAGCGAGAGACGUUCUUUCCUAGUAUUAUCCUGUUAGGAUCUUACUUUCGCAAAAUUUGGACCCAAACAAGAAUGUACAAUGAUGUGAAACUUUAUGAGAAAUGAGGAUUUUCACUCCAUAACUAAGUAACGCUUUUAUGUAAAAUUAUUAUCAGCUUAUUCCUUCUGGAAUUUUUCUUUGGUU